AUGACGGCUGAAGAUGCUGGUGCCGAGUCCGACGUGCAGUCCAUCAAUUCGGACGCACCCCCGGCCUUCAACUCGGAUGACGAGCCUCCCGAGGAUCACGAGGGAGAUGAGAACACUUGCAGUAGGGAUGGCGCGGUGAAGAAGGUCAUCCGGAAGGUGGGGAAGGGCUUGGAGAGACCAGGCCAGAACGACAUUGUGACGCUCCGCUUCUGUACUCUUCAGCUGGAUGGCCCGGCUAUUGUGGACGUCCCUGAUGAGAUUACGGUGGAGAUGGGGGACAACAAGCUUCCCCUUGCCGUCGAGUUUGCCGUGAAAAAUAUGCGGGUUGGUGAGGUGGCAGAGAUCCGCGCCCCCGCCGCCUACAGCAAAAUCACCUCCCCACUCUGUGGCCGACAGCUGCGUACGCAGCCUGGCGUGCUCCCCAAGGCCGGCAAGGUAAAGCGGAAGUUGCGCUUCCUCCCGGCGGCCCCCAAGGGGCUGGCGGAACAGGCCAAGGUGGACCUCCUGAAGUUCCGCAAGGCGCAGGAGGCUGCGAAGGAGGCUGCGCAGGAGGCUGCGCAGGAGGCUGCGGAAGCCGGAGACGGCAGCACGCCUUCCAAGCCGCCCAUGUUCCGAGCGCGGGUGGAGUUGUUGGGCUUCCAGUGCGUGCUGGCGCUCACGGAGGACCGGAGCGUCACCAAGCGCAUCCUCCAGACCGGCACUUCGCAACGGCGGCCUCGCCGUGGAGAUGUUGUCACCUUCUCUUACUGCCUCUUGGAAGACGGAGGGGCGAAGAGGACCUCGCCACGCAAGUGCGAGCUUACCCUGGGCGAGGACGAGCUGCCGUACCCGCGAUUGGAGCACAUCAUCUGCUCGAUGAAGGAUGCUUUGCUUGGAUGA